AUGAGUGGUAACGAUCAGCGAAACAACAUCCGUGUAGUGUGCCGUUUCCGGCCGCAGAACAAGAGAGAAAUUGCAGAGGGCGGUGUACCUAUCAUACAAUUCGAUGAAGACGGCGAAACAUGUCGUAUGCAGGGUAAAGAAUUUCAGGGAUCAUUUACAUUUGACCGCAUCUUUUCUCCUGAAACAAAACAAAAGGAAGUUUUCGACACCGCCAUCAAACCAAUUGUCGAUGAGGUUUACAACGGUUAUAACGGUACUGUCUUUGCCUAUGGUCAAACGGGAUCUGGCAAGACAUUUACCAUGAUGGGUGCUGACAUUGACAACGAGGAGCUCAAGGGUUUGAUUCCCCGUAUUGUCGAGCAAAUUUUUCAAUGCAUUAUAGACUCUCCCCCGACAAUGGAAUAUACAGUGAAAGUCUCCUACAUGGAAAUUUAUAUGGAAAAAAUCAGAGACUUGCUUAAUCCUCAGAAUGAUAACCUGCCAAUUCAUGAAGAAAAGAAUCGGGGUGUGUACGUCAAGGGUCUAUUGGAAGUAUACGUCAGCUCCGUCGAAGAAGUGUACGAAGUUAUGAAACGCGGUGGUCAAGCACGUGUUGUCGCCUACACAAACAUGAAUGCUGAAAGUUCUCGAUCGCAUUCAAUUUUUGUAAUCACCAUCACACAAAAGAACCUUCAGGAUGGUAGUGUAAAAAGCGGUAAACUGUCGCUUGUCGACUUGGCUGGUUCCGAGAAGGUUGGCAAGACAGGUGCUUCUGGACAGACUCUAGAGGAAGCAAAGAAAAUCAACAAGUCGUUGUCGGCUUUGGGUAUGGUCAUUAACGCCUUGACCGAUGGAAAAUCCACCCAUAUUCCGUAUCGUGACAGUAAACUUACAAGAAUUCUGCAAGAAUCGCUUGGUGGUAACUCACGAACAACUUUGAUUAUCAAUUCCUCACCUUCCUCGUUUAACGAAGCUGAAAGUUUGAGUACUCUGCGCUUCGCCAAGACCAUCAAGAACAAGGCCAGAGUCAACGCAGAGCUCAGUCCAGCAGAGCUCAAAGCAUUACUCAAGAAAGCCAAGAGCGAAGCCGUCACCUUCCAACAAUAUAUUGCGGCGCUUGAAGACGAAAUUGGUGUAUGGCGCAAAGGUGGAACUGUACCGAAAGAAAAAUGGGUGUCAAUGGACAAGGUUUCGUCUGGCGCUGUUUCCGCACCACCAAACGGAACCAAAAACCCUGCUGUAGAAGCUGCCAAGAGAGAAUCAGAGAUAGCAGAAUCUCGUCCCAGCACCCCGUCGCUUGUGCUUGACAAGGAUGAACGUGAAGAAUUCCUUAAACGUGAAAAUGAGCUCCAAGAUCAAAUUGCAGAGAAGGAAGCUGAGCUGGAGAAGAAGGAGAAACUGCUCGUUGAAGCGAGAGACGAAUUACAAGCACUCAAGGAACAAGAAUCAGUAAUUACAAAUCUUAAACUGCAAUUGGAGAAGGUUACUUAUGAGAACAAGGACAGUGCUAUCACAUUAGACAGUCUUCGUGAGAGCCAUCAAGAGACUUUGAAUGAGCUAGAGACUCUCAAGAAACAACUGGUCGAAUUGAAAUUGUCUCAGAAAGAGGGUGAUAAAGAACAAAAGAAGCAAGAAAAGAUGGCCCAGAUGCUUGCAGAACUCGACCCAAGUGGAGCUAUUUCUCAGAAGGAAAAACAGAUUCGCGACACAUUGAAGGAGUUCGGUUCUCUCGAUAACGAUGGCAAGGCAACAUUAACGGUAGAGGAACUUGCUGCUAUCCGUCGCAGAUUGACCGAGUCAGAAGUAAUUAUUGCUCAACACGAACAAACUAUUGCCGAGUUGAAUCAUGAAAACGAACAUCUUACAAGGAAGCGUGACGAGGCUGACAUUAGACUACAGACAUUAGAACUUGAAUAUGAAGAGUUGCUCGAUCGCACGAUCGCUGAAGAAGAAGCCAAUAGCUCUAUUGAUAUCGGCGAGACAAUACAAGAACUUAGGAGUAAAUUGGAAGCCCAAUACGCAGCCAAGAAGGACGUUCAACAGAAAGAGAUCGACGAGUUACGACAAGAACUUGAGAGGAAGAAUGAAGAACUCCACAAAAUCAGCAGCUCUCUUGCGGAACUUAAACGCGAGAAGGAAGAUCUGCAGAAUGCCCUCACUGAAAAAGAACUCAAAGCGGACGCUCACAAAGAUGUCGCAGAUAAAGAAAAGGAUAUGGAGCGUAUUCGCAAGACCAUGGCACAACAAUUGGCUGACUUUGAUGUUAUGAAGAAGGCCUUGAUGCGUGACCUGCAGAACCGAUGUGAGAAAGUUGUCGAACUUGAGAUCUCUCUCGAUGAGACACGCGAGCAAUACCAGAACGUGUUACGCAAUACUAAUAAUAAGACUCAGCAAAGAAAGAUGGUCUUUUUGGAGAGAAAUUUGGAACAGCUUACAAACGUGCAGAAACAGCUUGUCGAGCAAAACUCGUCGCUCAAGAAAGAAGUAGCAAUUGCCGAGCGCAAAUUGCUUGCACGAAACGAGCGUAUCCAGGCAUUGGAGGCUUUACUUCAAGAUGCACAAGAGAAACUGACCACACAAAACCAAAAAUUCGAAGCUCAAUUACAAGCAGUUAGAGAACGAUUGGAACAAGCACGAACUGCAAAAACAGUCACUCCGUUCUUUGGUCGUAUUGCAAAACCAAUUCGAGGAGGCGCCCGUCCCGAGAAUAGGACUGCCACCUUACCACCAACUCCAAGUAAGUGA